GCGCCGCGCGGUGGGCGUUCCUUGGCGUGGCCACGCCCUCUGGCGGCGCUCCUCAGCCGCCAUUUCGCGGCGGCAUGGCGGCGGCGGCGGCCUCCUCAGCGGGCCUCUCCGAGACCGACAUCGAGCGGGAGCCCGCGGCCGCAGCGCAGACGCUGACAGCAGCUUUGGAACACAGGCCCGAUCACGCCGAAUAUUACCGCCAGCGAGCUUAUGCUUACAUCCUUCUACGGAAUUACCACGAUGCUGUUGCUGAUGCAAAGAAGGCUUUAGCACUCGAGCCCAAUAAUGCUGUAGCUUUUCUCAGGCAAGGAAUCGGUGAAUAUUAUAUGAGAAAUUAUGAUUCCGCCCUGAAGUCUUUCACUGAGGGGGAAACACAGGAUGGUGCCGAUUCCGCCUUUCCCGCCUGGAUUAAAAGAUGCGAAGAGGCCCUCCGUGGGCCUGGAUCACAAGAGGAAAUGGCGUGGCCAUCUAAGAUCAAGUAUGAUUGGUACCAGACCGAUUCUCACGUCAUUGUAACCAUCAUGAUCAAACAUGCGAAGCAAGAUGAUGUAAACAUAACAUUCUCGGAGAAAGAGCUAAAUGCUUCACUGAAGCUUUCCUCCGAGGAGAACUACAAGCUAAAGCUUCAUCUUCUUCAUUCCAUAGUCCCAGAGCAAAGUUUAUUUAAAGUUCUUUCAACCAAGGUAAUUUUUUUUUAAAGUGAUUUUGCCACU